AUGGCCCUCCUCGACAGAGUCCCCGGAAACCUCAAUCUGUACAUUGGCGGUAUCUUUACGCUGCGGCGGCGUGAAGCCCUUGAACAGGCAAACAUCACCCACGUCCUGUCCGUCCUGCGCAUGCCCCUCGACGACGCCCUGUUUGCCCCCUUCAAGCACAUGGUGGUCGAGGUCGACGAUGUCGACGACGAGAACCUCCUCCAGCAUUUCCCGGCCACGAAUCGCUUCAUUCGCGAAGGCCUCGACGCAGGUGGCGGCGUCCUAGUGCACUGUGCCAUGGGCAAGUCACGAUCGGCUACCGUUGUCAUCGCAUAUUUGAUGCAGCAGCACAACAUCAGCCCUUCCGAAGCCCUGUCCCACGUUCGGCAAGCUCGGUCCAUCUGCGAGCCCAACCCAGGUUUCAUGGACCAGCUCAACCUCUAUGCUCAAAUGCACACUCCACUCGAUGUCGAAACCACCCCGGCCUACCAACGAUGGGUCUACCAACGCGAAAUUGAGUUGAGCCGCGCGUGUGGACAAGCGCCAGACGCUGACAAGAUCCGCUUUGAGGACGAACAUGUUGCUGAUGAGGCUGCAGCCUUUGAAUUAAGGUGUCGCAAAUGCAGGCGCGCGUUGGCAACCUCGCAAUAUCUACUAUCACAUGGAUCCUCUUACACUGCAAAAGACGACGAGGCCGAGGUCCCUACUUCGGCCAAAUGUGCCCAUUACUUCCUCGAUCCCUUGUCAUGGAUGCGACCUGAGCUCGAACAAGGCAAGUUAGACGGUCGUCUGGAGUGCCCAAAGUGCCACACCAACGUAGGCAAGUAUGCCUGGCAGGGCAUGCAAUGCAGCUGUGGAGACUGGGUCGUCCCUGGCAUCAGUCUUGCAAAGGGCCGGAUCGAUGAAGCAAGAAAAGCAACCUUUGGCAUACGUCGGCCUCCGGGUGCUUCAGGCCCACCGGCAGUAGGCGAUUCCCAUCCCAAACAAAAUCUUUGA